AUGGGCAAAGGAUCUGGCGAGGCGCCCGUCGGCGCGACGAUGAAGACGAACCGCGCCGGCGGCCUGGAGCUGAGCGCGCUCGGCUACGGGACCUGGCAGUUCGGCUCCGGCGGCGCCGACGACUAUUGGGGCCUCGAGUUCACGGACGACAUGGCCGUGGCCCUGCUCAAGCAGGCCACGGCCGCGGGCGUCACCUACGUCGACACGGCCGCGGACUACGCGCAGGGCGGCUCCGAGCUACAGCUCGGCCGGGCCCUCAAGGCGCUCGCGCCCGACGCGCGCGCCAAGGUCGUCAUCGGCUCGAAGAUCCUGCCGAACAACUGCGGCGAGGUCUUGGCCAGCGACGCCUGCCCCGUGGCGUGCGACGCCUGCCCGACCUGGGCGGAGGUGACGGAGGACCUCCAGGAGACCUGCGACGCGGCCGAGGACGAGAUCACCGCGCUCGAGGCCAACCUCGCGCGCGGCGAAGGCGAGAUCGCCGCGCUCAAGGCCGCGAACGCCGCGCUCGAGGGCAAGGUGGCCGAGCUCGAGGCCAAGCUCGAGGCCCCGACGCCCGCGCCGACGGUCGACCCCACGGCAGCGCCUACGACGGCGCCGACGGCGGCCCCCACGCUCGAGCUCACGCUCGAGCCCACAGCGGCGCCCACGGCGCCCCCCACGGCCGCGCCGACGGCUUCCACGUGCGCCGCGAACGAGUGGUUGGUCUGCGAAAAGUGCCCCAGAGGCGCCACGUGCGACGGCGCCAACGCCGUGUGCGAAGGCGAGGGCAGUUGGUACGUCAACCGCUUCAACGUCUGCCUCGAGUGCCCGAACGGCUACACGUGCGACGGCGUCACCAAGACGUGCGCCGUCAACAAGUACGUCGACAACAACGAGUGCCUCGAGUGCCCGGCUAGCGCGACGUGCGACGGCGUCAACGCCGUGUGCGAUAACGUCAACAAGUACGUCGACAACAACGUCUUGGCCAGCGACGCCUGCCCCGUGGCGUGCGACGCCUGCCCGACCUGGGCGGAGGUGACGGAGGACCUCCAGGAGACCUGCGACGCGGCCGAGGACGAGAUCACCGCGCUCGAGGCCAAACUCGAGGAAGCGGUCGCGGACAAGACCGAGGCCGAGGGCGAGGUGGCCGCGCUCGAGGCCGCGAACGCCAAGCUAACGGCCGAGCUCAAGGAAGCGGUCGCGGACAAGACCGAGGCUCAGGGCAACGUGACCACGCUCGAGGCCAAGAACGCCGCACUCGAGGCCGAGCGCGCGGACGCGGAUACCGACGCCUUCUGCGGCGAAGAGGCCGCGGCGGGCAAGUGCGACGCGAACCGGGACUACAUGAUCGAUAACUGCGCGGCGUCGUGCGGCUUCUGCGAAUAA